UGAAACAAGAGUAUUUCUUCCCUACCCCGAUCAUCAUCUUCUCCAUUUCCAAGUUCCUGUACAUAAAGAAUCAUCACAUUCCCCCAUUCAUGGCAGACUGGUCUCAACUCCCUAAGGACCUCCUACAUCUCAUCUCCCAAAAACUCAACUCCCAAUUCUACCAACUCCGCUUCCGCUCCGUCUGUUCAUCAUGGCGCUCCUCCACCCCCCAAAAUCACCACAACCACCACCACCACCUCAAUCUACCUCCCAAAUUCCCAAAUCCCUCCAACAACGAUUCCACCAACGAUGAUUCCACCUUCCCUCUCUCCAAACGAACCCUCUUCCUCAUCUCCCCACCCCCAAAUCAACAAACACUACAUCCAUGGUUAAUCAAAAUCGGUCCUGACUCACGUGACCAAUCUCACCUCUGGCACCCUCUCUCACGUGACAAACAUUUCCCUCUCCAUUUCCCUAACCUAAUCGAUUUCAACCAACUCCCUGUCAUCGAUCUCGGUUGCGAAUUCGUCAUCGGUAACUUCCCUUCCCAAUCUUCAUCUCUUCCUCUCAACAACUCACUCUACAUGGAGAAGGUUGUUGUAUUUGACGCUGACGCCGACACGUGGCAGAUCGGGAACGGGAAAGCAAAAGCAAAAGCAAAUCGGUGUUCGGUUCUUCUCACUAUUCACAUUUCUGGCAAACUUGCUGUAUUCCGAUGCGGCGAUGAGCGGUGUGAUGAGCGGUGGACGAUAAUUCCUGAAAUGCUGACGCCUUAUGAUGAUGUUUGUGUUUUCAACGGACGGCCUGUUGCGGUCGAUAGUACCGGUCGGGCUGUUGUCGUGGGAGCGGAUUUGAGUGUGGAGUUGGUGGCGGAGCCGGUGUUUGGUGGAGAUAAGAAGUUCUUGGUGGAGAGUGACGGUGAAUUGUUGCUAGUUGAUAAAUACUUGUCUUGUCUCGUGAGUUGUUUGAGGGAUGAUGGUGAUGGUGAAGGUGAUGGUGGGGGAGUUUAUGAGAUUGAACAUGGUUUCGCCGAAUGUGAGUUUUGUGAGAUUGGAAGGGAGAGAGCUGUGAGGUUUCAUGUGUUUAGGCUUGAUCAGAAGGAGAAGAAGUGGGUGGAGGUGAAGAGUUUGGAGGAUAGGGUUUUGUUUUUGGGGGAAGAUUGUGCUUUUUCUGCUUCGGCUUUCGACUUGAGGAUUGGUUAUGGGAAUUGUGUGAUAUUUAGGGAUGAUGUUUAUAGUGAUUCUCAAUCGAGUGAGCUCGGGGUCGGUGUUUUUCACUUGGGUCAGUUUCGGAUUGCGCCUUUGUCUUGUUUUCCUUGUUAUUCUAUGUUUUUCUGGCCACCUCCGGAAUGGGUUGGGCUGCAUUGACAACAGCUGAGCAUGUGUCUUGGAUAGAAAGAUUUGGAGUUUGAAGCCGAUUAACUGUGCUGGAAUAUAAUCAUCGCUUAUUGGUUAGUACUUUUGCAGAUUCAGUUCUACAUGAUACCAAAUGUUAUUAUCAUUACUAUUUUAAUGUUAAUGUUGACAUUUGAUUUGUUUCUGUUGAUAGGUUGGAUUAGUUUUUCAAUAAGUAGUUGUAGAAAAAUAAAUGCUGAAAUGUUCUUAUAAUGAAUGAUUCUGGGUCCUUGUAUAAAUUGUAAUUGUUUUCUGCACUUCAACUUUAUAAAAAGAUCUCUUAUAGUCUUA